CUUAUGCUUACUUCCAAAUUAUCCCAUCUAUUACGGGAGUUUUAAGUUAGAAUGGGUGUGAUAAAAAUGAUUUCAUGGGAAACUCUCCUCAGUUUCUCCGAAAUGCGGAGGAUGAUGCUCUCCUCGACCUCUCGUCAGCGCCUCUUAAGUUCCUCACCUCUUCUCUGCAAAAUCAAGAUUCUUGAUUCCACCAACCGUCAAUGGCUAUCCACGACAGCAACCCAUCCGAACCCUGCAGCGAACGCUACAGUCGGCAACGCUCUGACCCCAAAAUCUGUCUCCGACACGCUCGCGUGUUACAGCAACGAGUGGAAGCGGGCCUUCGAGUUCUUCAACUGGGUCGAGACGGAGCAGUCCUUCGCCCACACCACCGACACCUUCAACAGCAUGAUCGACAUCCUCGGCAAGUUCUUCGAGUUCGACCUCUGCUGGUUCCUCAUCGACCGGAUGAGAAGGUGCCCCGCCUCGUUCCCCAACCACGCCACCUUCCGGACCAUGUUCGACCGCUACGCGUCCGCCCAUCUAGUGGACGACGCCAUGAGCACUUACCGUAAGCUUGGGGAAUUCAAUUUGAGGAACGCUGUGUCGUAUUACAACCUCGUCGACGCUUUGUGCGACCACCGCCAUGUGGUGGAGGCCGUCGAGUUUUGCUUCGGGGAUGGGCGGGGCGUGAACCUUGAUACCGGUUUCGCGGUCGAUGAGACGAAGAUUCACAAUUUGAUUCUCCGGGGUUGGUAUAAGAUUGGUUGGUGGAGAAAGUGCAGGGAGUUCUGGGAAGAGAUGGACCGGAAGGGUGUCCGAAAGGACCUGCAUUCGUACUCGAUUUACAUGGAUAUCGUCUGCAAGAGCGGGAAGCCGUGGAAGGCCGUGAAGCUGUACAAGGAGAUGAAGAGGAAAGGGGUUAAGCUCGAUGUCGUGGCUUACAACACUGUCGUUCGUGCCAUCGGCCUCUCGGAGGGCGUCGACUUCUCGAUCCGAUUGGUUCGCGAGAUGAGGGAAGCGGGAUGCGAACCCACCAUUGUGACGUACAAUACCCUCAUCAAGCUUCUGUGCGAGAAUGGCCGGUUCAAGGAAGUCGGUCGGGUGCUCGAUGAUAUGCGUAAGAGAGGAUGCGAGCCCAAUGUGAGGACGUUCAAUUGCUUCUUCACGACGUUAGAGAAGCCCAGGGAGGUACUGAGGCUGUUUGAUGUGAUGAUCGGGAGCGGGGUUAGUCCGAGCAUUGACACAUAUGUGAUGCUCAUGAGGAAGUUUGGGAGGUGGGGAUUUCUAAGACCGGUUCUUAUGGUGUGGGAGAAGAUGGCAGAGCUGGGAUGUAGUCCCAAUAAUGACGCAUACAAUGCUUUGAUAGAUGCUUUGGUGGAUAAAGGGAUGAUUGAAAUGGCUCUGAAGUAUGAUCAGGUGAUGUAUGAGAAAGGGCUAUCGCCGAAGCCGAGACCUGAGCUCGUCGAGAAAGUGGAUGAAGUGAGUAACUCUUAGAUGAAAAUGCUGCUAUACAUGCAGAAGAAAGCAGUGUGUUUGGGACUCUGGUCUGAAUAUGAAGCUGGAAAUGUUGCAAAAGGCCGAUCAUGUUCCAUGACAUGUUCCGGAAUCAUAUGCUGGCAGUAACAUGCUCCGUAUGCGAAUGAUCUAAAAUAUGGGUCUGCGCUUUGCUGGUUUUGUAUCUUGGAGGAUUGAAAGAUGUUCAUCCAAUAAGUUCUAUCUUGCGGAUGAAGUCGUCUGCAGAAAUUUCUGUACAUCAGAAUCCUGGCAGAACAAGAGAAGUCCCUCUAUUGUUGUUGCCAUUUCGGCUUCUUUUUUUGGAAAGUUUGGGCUCAGACGUAGGAUUAAGAGAACAUCGUUACUGUGAACACUACUUGUGUCGAAAGGGUAGGAAGACCGGGGAGAGCCACCCGAAACUAUCAAUAGGAACUUGAUGUAGUAUCACAACAUUAGCAAUGACAAAUAACCAAAUUAUUGUAGCUACAGAAAACGAGAAUGGUGCAUCAAAACCUGCCACUGGUGCAUGGCAUGUUUUUAUUGAA